CUGCAGAGGCUGGGCGGGGCUCCUCGGCACUCGCGGGACGGUACCGCCCUCCGACCGCUCCCCCAGGCUUCUCUUCGGACCGUUAACCUCGAAUGAGGAACGAGCGGAGAGGGAAGGGAGGGGCUGCGGCGGCGCUGGCACAGCCCGCCGGGCCCGGGGCCGGGGGCGGCGAGGUCACGUAACGGCUGCUCUGGCGUCUGCCCGGGGAGGGGGCGCCCUCCCCGGCAGCCGGAGCCCUCCUGCGCGCGGCUCCGAAACAGUUACCGGCUCGUAAACAACAGCUGCGCGCGCACCCGCAUCAGCUGGCGCCGGGAUUCAGCACCUGCGACCUCCUCUUCCCCUCAUCCCCGCUGCCCCCUCCUGUUCAGCCCGGGCCAGCCUACGGGGCCGUCUCCUCUCUUGCUAGGACCCGAAGGAAGAACGGCGAGGGCCUGACCUGCGCCGCGGCCCUGGUCGGGGAGAAGGCGUCCUCCGGCAAAGGGGUGGCCCGUCCUGUCACACGCAGGAGAAACCCAGCGAGCAGACCGUGGGCUCGAUGGACUAGCAACGACCUGCCACGACCCUGAGCUGCAGUCCGAGGGGUCUCGAUCCGCUCGCUAGCCGCCCCCUCCCAGAUCCGAGGGACCGUUCUGCCCGAAGAGCGGGCGGGCCACCCCCGCAGACCUCUUGGAGACGAGAAUCCGCUCUGCCCCUGCAUCCUCUGCUCACCCUUUUCUCCUCAUUCUCCUGUAUCCAGUAGUGUGGGGUAUUUUUCUCGUUAUGCAUGCUCAUCUCUCCCACCAGACCCAAGUGGAUUAUUGGCCUCAAAAACAUCGGGUGACUCUCCACACACCUCCCAGCCAAACCUGUGGGGUAUUCACCUGAUACACAACAGGUGGCCGGGUGUACACCAUUUCGCAAUCUGAUCUGUGCUGUAUCCGCCUGAUAAGGGUGGGCCUGCGCGCACUUUGCUCAACUAGAACCGUGGGACAUUUACCAGAUAAAAAAGACUUAACUACCUCGGCGGAAACCUGGGGGUCGAGGGGAGAAACGCUUCACCAGCUUCUCUUGAGACCAUGGCGCUGGGGCCGCAGUGCUGGACCAGGGGAGAUAGCUAGAUAACUUUUUUUUUCCCCCCUGAAGAAAGGAAGUUACACGAGUUUGGCAUCGUUUUGUCUUUUUUCCUCCUUAAAUAUUUAAUGGUAGUGCACUUUCUGGGAUAGUCUGUUUGAAUUCUGAGAAGGAACUUUUUAUGGUGUAAAUCAAGGUUAUUGAGGUUUUUUUUAAGUUAUCUUUUCUAUUUUACAAUCAAAAGUAGCUAGCGUAGGAGGAAGGAUUUUGCGGGGGUUUCCUUUUUUCUUUGUUCUUAUAAAGGAAAAGAGAAAGAAUAAUGCAUCCUCCAGAAACCACCACCAAGAUGGCUUCAGUUCGGUUCAUGGUGACACCAACAAAGAUCGAUGACAUUCCUGGUUUGUCAGAUACCAGCCCGGACCUCAGCUCCCGGUCCAGUUCCCGAGUAAGAUUUAGCUCACGGGAAAGUGUGCCGGAAACAAGCCGGAGUGAGCCCAUGAGUGAGAUGUCCGGAGCCACCACUUCACUGGCAACUGUUGCUCUGGAUCCGGCUAGUGACCGGACUUCUAACCCCCAGGAUGUCACGGAGGACCCGAGUCAGAACUCCAUCACAGGGGAACACAGCCAGCUGUUAGAUGAUGGGCAUAAUAAGAAAGCUCGAAAUGCUUAUCUCAAUAAUUCCAAUUAUGAAGAAGGAGAUGAAUAUUUUGAUAAAAACCUGGCACUCUUUGAGGAAGAAAUGGACACAAGACCAAAGGUAUCUUCUCUCCUCAACCGUAUGGCCAAUUAUACUAAUCUGACACAAGGAGCGAAGGAACAUGAAGAGGCAGAGAACAUCACUGAGGGGAAAAAGAAGCCCACCAAGACCCCUCAAAUGGGUACUUUCAUGGGUGUCUACCUCCCCUGUCUACAAAAUAUUUUUGGAGUGAUCUUGUUUCUACGCCUUACAUGGGUUGUGGGCACGGCUGGCGUUCUUCAGGCCUUCGCAAUCGUCCUUAUCUGCUGCUGCUGUACAAUGUUGACUGCUAUCUCCAUGAGUGCCAUUGCCACUAAUGGAGUGGUGCCAGCUGGAGGCUCAUACUUUAUGAUUUCCCGGGCCCUGGGCCCAGAGUUUGGUGGGGCUGUUGGCCUCUGCUUUUAUCUUGGUACCACAUUUGCAGCAGCCAUGUAUAUCCUUGGUGCCAUUGAAAUUUUUCUGGUAUAUAUUGUCCCCCGAGCUGCCAUCUUUCGUAGCGAUGAUGCGCUCAAGGAAUCAGCAGCCAUGCUAAAUAACAUGCGUGUCUAUGGCACCGCGUUCUUGGUUCUCAUGGUAUUGGUGGUAUUCAUCGGUGUGCGCUAUGUGAACAAGUUUGCCUCACUUUUCCUGGCCUGUGUCAUUGUGUCCAUCUUGGCCAUCUAUGCUGGAGCCAUCAAGUCUUCUUUUGCCCCUCCACACUUCCCGGUCUGCAUGCUGGGUAACCGCACCCUUUCAUCAAGACACAUUGAUAUUUGCUCUAAGACCAAGGAAAUUAACAACAUGACAGUACCAUCAAGGUUAUGGGGCUUCUUCUGUAACUCAAGUCAGUUUUUCAAUGCCACCUGUGAUGAAUACUUUGUUCACAAUAAUGUCACUUCAAUCCAGGGCAUUCCUGGAUUGGCUAGUGGUGUCAUUACAGAGAAUCUUUGGAGUAAUUACCUACCAAAGGGAGAGAUCAUUGAAAAGCCCUCAGCCAAAUCUUCUGAUGUCUUGGGCAGCUUAAACCAUGAGUAUGUCCUUGUUGACAUCACCACCUCUUUUACUCUUCUGGUGGGGAUCUUCUUUCCUUCUGUCACAGGUAUCAUGGCUGGAUCAAACAGAUCUGGAGAUCUGAAAGAUGCUCAAAAGUCUAUUCCCAUUGGCACUAUUCUCGCCAUCCUGACCACCUCCUUUGUCUAUUUAAGCAAUGUUGUCCUUUUUGGUGCCUGUAUUGAAGGUGUUGUUCUCAGAGACAAGUUUGGGGAUGCUGUGAAAGGUAAUCUGGUGGUGGGUACCUUAUCUUGGCCAUCCCCAUGGGUGAUUGUUAUUGGCUCCUUCUUCUCCACAUGUGGGGCUGGACUUCAGAGUCUCACAGGUGCACCAAGGCUGCUCCAGGCUAUAGCCAAGGAUAACAUCAUACCCUUUCUGAGGGUUUUUGGUCACAGCAAAGCCAAUGGGGAACCUACCUGGGCUUUACUUCUAACUGCCGCCAUUGCAGAGCUGGGAAUCCUUAUCGCCUCCCUGGAUCUUGUGGCCCCAAUUCUUUCUAUGUUUUUCCUCAUGUGUUACCUCUUUGUGAACUUGGCAUGUGCCUUGCAAACAUUACUUCGAACACCCAACUGGAGACCCCGGUUUCGCUACUACCACUGGGCCCUCUCUUUCAUGGGAAUGAGUAUCUGUCUGGCUCUGAUGUUCAUUUCUUCCUGGUAUUACGCUAUUGUAGCUAUGGUGAUAGCUGGUAUGAUCUACAAGUACAUCGAGUACCAAGGAGCGGAGAAAGAAUGGGGUGAUGGAAUCCGUGGGCUGUCCCUCAGUGCAGCCCGAUUUGCUUUGCUUCGGCUGGAGGAAGGACCUCCACACACUAAAAACUGGAGGCCUCAGUUGCUUGUAUUGCUGAAACUAGAUGAAGACUUACACGUCAAGCAUCCUCGCCUCCUCACCUUUGCUUCACAGCUUAAAGCAGGAAAGGGCCUCACUAUUGUGGGCUCUGUUAUCGUGGGGAACUUCCUGGAGAACUACGGGGAAGCUCUAGCUGCUGAGCAGACCAUAAAGCAUCUAAUGGAGGCAGAGAAGGUGAAAGGGUUCUGCCAGCUGGUGGUGGCGGCCAAGCUGAGAGAGGGCAUUUCCCACCUCAUCCAGUCAUGUGGCCUUGGGGGCAUGAAGCACAACACCGUGGUGAUGGGAUGGCCUAAUGGCUGGCGCCAGAGUGAAGAUGCUCGAGCUUGGAAGACUUUUAUUGGCACAGUUCGAGUGACAACUGCUGCCCAUCUGGCCCUGCUGGUGGCUAAAAACAUCUCCUUCUUUCCCAGCAACGUGGAGCAGUUUUCUGAGGGCAACAUUGAUGUGUGGUGGAUUGUGCAUGAUGGGGGGAUGCUCAUGCUCUUACCAUUCCUACUUAAACAGCACAAGGUGUGGCGAAAAUGCAGCAUACGGAUCUUCACAGUAGCCCAGUUAGAAGACAAUAGUAUUCAGAUGAAGAAGGACCUGGCCACCUUCCUCUAUCACCUGCGCAUUGAGGCAGAGGUGGAGGUGGUGGAGAUGCAUGACAGUGACAUUUCAGCUUAUACUUAUGAGCGCACCCUGAUGAUGGAGCAGAGAUCCCAGAUGCUCCGGCACAUGCGACUGUCCAAAACCGAGCGGGACAGAGAGGCACAGUUGGUGAAAGACCGGAACUCAAUGCUGCGAUUGACCAGCAUUGGGUCUGAUGAGGAUGAAGAGACAGAAACCUAUCAGGAGAAGGUGCACAUGACUUGGACAAAAGACAAGUACAUGGCAUCCCGGGGACAAAAGGCCAAGUCGAUGGAAGGAUUCCAGGACCUGCUUAACAUGCGUCCGGACCAGUCCAAUGUGAGGAGGAUGCAUACAGCAGUGAAACUCAAUGAGGUUAUAGUUAACAAGUCCCAUGAAGCAAAGCUUGUUUUGUUGAAUAUGCCAGGGCCACCUCGAAACCCUGAGGGUGAUGAAAACUACAUGGAGUUCCUAGAAGUGCUUACCGAGGGACUAGAGCGAGUCCUCCUUGUCCGAGGUGGUGGCAGUGAAGUGAUCACCAUUUAUUCAUAAUCUACUCCUGAGUGACUCUGCUUGGCCUCACCUUUCCUAAAAGGCUUCCAUCCUUCGUGGAAGUGCCAGCUCUUUACUACUACUCCCAUCAAGUAGGCCUGGGUUCUGUACACAUCACACUGAACUCUUGACAGGCUGAGCCUCAAGUACUUGUGCAAAAAAAGUACAAAUAGUUCUGCUCUUUGCUGUCAUAUGAUCUGCCAUCCUUACAGAAGAAGCAAAUAUUCCCUCAACAUUGGAACACUGGUCAAGUCCUAAAAGCCAUGUCUGUCCCAGUUGAAGUCAAGUUAGAAUUAACAAGCUAAACCAAUAAAAAUGAAUUGGCAAAAGGGAUGCUAGAAAUUCAACUGAAGACCGAAAGCAAGUACAGGUCCAACAUUAAAGGGAAGUCUCAGAAGUCAUGGUCCAGUGAUGACACCAUGGUGGUAACAGCCAGAGGACACAGCUUCAUCAUACUAAAGAAAUCACAGCCAAGUGUAUGGGGACCUAACAUCCUUGUGGAGAUAACCUGUGGCAAACCAGGAUGAAAACCUUUUUUAGCUAAUUUUCUUUAAUGAAUCCACUGUUCUCCAGGACUCUGAUUUUCUGUUAGGGUACUAAUAUACAAAAACUGACACAUGGCUGCAGCCUUUACUUCUUCCUCCAAAAUAAGAUUCUCCCCAAAUACCAGGUUUAAGUACAUAUACUAUGUUGGUGUGUAUAUAUAUAUAUAUAUAUAUAUAUAUGUGUGUGUGUGUGUGUGUGUAUUUAUACACACACACACACACGUAGGUGUGUAUAUAUAUGUAUAUAUGUGUGUAUACAUAUACAUGCACAUACAUGUAUAUAUACAUGUAUAUAUACAUGUGUAUACACAUAUAUGUACAUGUAUAUAUACAUAUAUGUACAUGUAUAUGUAUACACACACACAUAUAUAUAUAUAUAUCAGCUGGUUCUCAAAAUCGAUUGUGGUUAAGAUUGUAAUACAGGCAUUAUUAUCCUGGAAAUUGUUUUUUAAAGUUGGAGUGGAAAAUUUUCUUUCAGGCUGUGUUCAAAUGGCCAAAUUAAGGUAACUCCAAAUGGUAGCUGUUAAGAUCUACUGAAACACAGUCUGUGGUUACCUAUGCGACAAGGGCAAACAUUAAAGUUGUUAUCUAGGAAACCUAGAUGAUGAUGCAUAGUGCCCAACAGUUUCUCCUCUCCCUUUUUUUUAUGCCCUCUGGGUUGGUAGGCAGGCAUAGGUCAAAAAUCAGGAACAAACACUAGGAAGACUGGCUGAAAUCCUUCCCCAAAAGCGUUGGACUGUCUUUUAAAGGGGGAAUCUAGCAAUGGGAUUUGAAGUUCCAGAGCCAUACUCCUUCCAUAGUGCCAAAGAUUGAGCUGCUGCUCCUCUCCCUACCUGCUUCACUAAAGUGGCAUAUGAUUGGCAUUGGCCUGAUUCAAGGAAUUUCUUUCACUAAGAAUCCUGUGGACUCAUUUCCAAAGCCAUAGCAAAGACUUGAGGCACUCACCUAAAUGCCCACAGUAUGAGCAGUUUUCUUUUCUCAAUUCUAUUCUUGUGACUGCAGAAACUUUGCUUUGAACUAAGAGUAUCCAAGCCAACAGUCUUCUGCUAUAACAGUUGUUUUCAGAAAGCUCUAAAUGUGUCAAGGAAAUACUUGUGCAAGCUUAGCUUUUUAUUUGCUCAUUUACUGGUCAUUAAAACACCUGGCUUUCAAGCAUAGGGAAACCACCUGGAGUAGUAAUUGCAAAUAUGUGAAAUGUUCAUUUCUUUUAUAGGAUAAGUAUUUAGAGAAACUAUCUUAACUGUAUUCAUGACUGAUUUUGAAUCACUUUAUUAAUGAUAAAUAGUGCCACUCUUUUUUGAUUACCCAAUAGGAUUUGGAGGAAGCAAACCUAGGUAUCAGCAGACUAUUCAUUUGACUGUUACGGGGCAGAGGAGAAAACUCUUCAGUAUGGCUUCAGAAAUUGAGUCAUUUUGUUCCCUUUGCUCUUUUUUCAACCUCAAGACCCAGUCAGGGUAGCAAAGCAGACACAAUCUUUAAGUCUUUUUCCUGCUCCUUCCUGCAGAGGGUAGAAGCAUUGUUUACAAUUUCCACCGUAAUACUCCAUUGUUGAAUUGAGUCCACAGUAGUGGAAUAGGUUCCUUAGGACCCAAGAUAUUGACACCCCAGUCUUUAAAGGUCAGCCUACCCAGGAAUUCCUCUACAUUUACACACAUCCUCUGGCCAAAGUAGUUGAUCUUUUUUUUUUUCCAUAUAGAAAAAAUAUGGGCAGAAAACAAGGUUUUAGAAGAGCUUUUUGUGGUUGGAGCUCUAUAAGAAUCUUUUAAAAGGGAUAACGGAGUUAGUGGCUACUAAUAACAGCCGCUACUUCAGCCCUUAAAACAUACAAUCACCAUUAUGUGGGAAAAUGGUUAUUAGGCCAGAUUUAAACUCAUCUCCGUCUAGAGCAUUUCAUGUCCGUGUGUUGCUUAUGUUGUUUGUCUGCAAAGUGUCUUGUCUCUUCUAAUCACUGCAAAUAAAGCAAUACUGAAAACUUGAUAAGAGAAUGCACCUUAGGGGAAGGGGCUUUUAUGUUUCAAGAAGGAAGAGAAAGGAAAGACCUCUUCCUGCCUUUUGAGUAAGAUUCAGCUUUUAAGUCUCAGCUAUGAUUUACCAGGGCAGAUUAUGACAAUAUCCAUUCUCCAGAUGCUGGCCCUCUGCCUUCUAAAGCUAUCUUAAAAGCUGAGGUUUGAAUUGCAGCAUCUGCUUGACAGAUGCCAGGUUCCUCUUGGCAGGGGAAAGAUCAUUACUGUGUAUCUUCCUUUGCCUCAGAUGGCUGUGGCCCCGACUAUCCCGCCAAUCCUCACGCCCCCUACAUGUGUUAAAAAUCCAUUAUUGUGGAUAUUAAAGUAGCGAUUACACUGUAAGCAUAUUUACGUGCCCUUUUUGUCUGGUUUAUUUUUCUUUUCAUCAUGUAUAAUCUGAAUCCAGCAUUAGUUUCUUACAUCUUCCACAAGUGUCUCCAACAGAAUUUUUAUGUUCCAGCUUGUGUUAAAUAGAAGUGAAAUAUUAAGGAAAAUAGAUUUAAGGGAAACUUGUGCAACUUUUUUUUAAGCAUUGUUCUCGACCAUUUAAUUUAUUGAAAGGAGCUGCUGCUGUGGUUCUCGAUUUAGCAGCGGCCAUUCUUUUGUUUACAUAGAGUUACAGUUUUAUUUGUUGUUUUGCUCUGUACUGGAAACAUAAAUAAAGUUUUCUACAUUAUUUUCA